UCUCAGCUCACGGCAGUGCCAGAUCCUUAACCUGCUGAGUGAGGCCAGGGAUCAAACCCGCAUCCUCAUGGAUACUAGUCAGGCUCGUUUCCACUGAGCCACGUUAAGAACUCCUAAAGUAGUUUUCUAAUGAAACUUUUUUCUUAAGUUUCUCUGAAAAUACCAAUUAGAUUUUUCCUUUUUUAAUUUUUCCCUUCUUUGUCCUGCAGCUUUAUUUCCUUUGGGGCUAGUUGUCCUGUUUGUGAAUACUAUUCUUUUUGGUGUUGGAGUUCACGGCAUCUGGCAGUCCCUGGUUGCCCAUCUAAGGACAAGUUCACAGGUCUCUGGAUCAAGAGAGACUAUAACAAACCUGAUGCAGAAACAAAUCAUCUUCUGACUGGCUUUGAAUUUGCUGCACUGAUUGAUACAGCUUCCCCAUAGGGAGAAGUGAUCUGUUCAGGGAUGGACGCAUGACCCAUUUGGGAUCAAUGAGAGAAAAUGAAUUCUGGAGUUGCUCUCUUUCUCUGAGUGACAUGGUAGAGGAUGUGAGGUCUGGCACAGCUGCAGCCAUUUUGCCACCAUGGGAAAUACUGGAACUUUCCAGUUGACUGCAACAGUCCCAAAGAGAAAGCCAAUAAAAAGGUAGAAAAAAGAGGGAGAGAAUCUGAGUCUUUGGGUAUAUCUUUCGGAGUUGGUGGAUCAAGUCCUACUUGAAGCCAGGACUAAAUCUGGAUUUUUUUUUCUUUUUCUACCACACCAGCAGCAUAUGGAAAUUCUCCAGCCAGAGAUCAAAUCCAAGCUGGAGCUGUGACCUACACCACAGCUGCUGCUAUACUGGAUCCUUAACCCACUGUGCCGGGCCGGGGAUUGUACUGGCACCUCCACAGAGACAAGCCAGAUCCUUAACUGCACCACAGUGGGAACUCCUCAAUCUGGGUUUUUAAUUGACAUGUCCAGUAAAAGUUCCUUUAUGAGUGAGGUUGAGGUGAAUUUUUUUGUCACUUGUGACUUGAAGGAGUCCUUAUGGUUCUAUACCUAACUCAUGGUCUUGUCGUGAGGUUUAAAUAAAAUAGAACUUGGAGAAUGAAGCAUGGCACACAAAUAAUACUGAGUAAAUGUUGCCAGUAUUAUUAUAUUUAUUUUUACAGAAUUAUGUAUACUUUCUAUUCUAUACCCUAACGUUGGCGUGUUUCUGUUUCUCUUUUUGAUAUUACUCAGUUUCUACCCUCAAAGGAGAGAGGCCAAUGGAGGGGGCUGAUAAGCCUGGCUCAUGACCACCAGCCUCAGCCUAGGGUCCUCUUUGCAAAACUACAGCUGGAGAACGACACAGAGACCACGUGAAAUCCGAAUCCACAUGGAAACAAUGGCAACAAGAAAAAGGUGUAAACUUUCCAGUAUGGGCCCAGAUUUUGAAAAUGUGAUAAAGAGGUUAUUGUGUGUCCGAACUCUUCACACAAGAAUUGGAGGAGAUUUAACACCAGGAAUAAUAAACAGAAGAACACUAGCUAAUGCAGAGCAGAUGGGCCUGCAGGGCAGUACUAAGCAUUUCAGUGUCCUUCCCUCAGACCUUUGGACUUUAGAUGACAGAGGCUGGUUUCUUUAGUUCCAAAUAAAGGUAACACAACUGGGAAAGCCA